GACUUCACGAGCUUACAUUCAAUAUCUCCAGAAUCUUCCACGUACAGCAACAUUAUGUACAACUUAGGAAGGCAAUAUCUAUGUAAUAAUGUGUCCAAUGGCCAUCGACAUAUAUGUAUCUAUACAGUUGAAAGUCACAGGAGGACACUCUGCACAUCUUGGACUAUACAAUGCACACUCUAUUGCCAGAAACUUGCAGAAACACAGAUGCAGAAUGUACAACCGAAAGAAUAGGGAAUCAAAUGUGCGCCAUGCGGCACAGGCCUGGGUGCCGAUCUAUAGCAAUGUACACUCUACACACCCAUAGAAGAGGGACCUCAUAGCUGUUCCUCGC